ACUCGACUUUCUUCCUCCCUCUAGGUGAUCCUGAUGCCACAUUCGCACAACGACCCUGGCUGGCUCAAGACCUACGAGGAGUACUACUUCCACCAGACCAGCAAGAUCCUGCAGAACAUGAUAGAGAAGCUACGCGUGCACACCAACAUGACCUUCAUCUGGUCCGAGAUCUCUUUCCUCUCCCUGUGGUACGAACGCGCCCAUCCGACACUCAGGCAGCAGCUGAAAGACCUGAUCUCCUCCGGACGGCUGGAAAUCGCCACGGGGGGCUGGGUUAUGACGGACGAGGCCAACGUGCAUCUCUACGCCAUGAUGGACCAGCUCAUCGAGGGUCACCAGUGGCUCUCCAACAUCCUGGGCGUGCAGCCAGUCAGCGGAUGGUCGGUGGAUCCCUUCGGACACGGCGCUGCGGUGCCCUAUCUGCUGCAUGAGUCUGGCGUGCGGGCCAUGGUGGUGCAGCGGAUCCACUACGCCUGGAAACAGUGGUUAGCGGAACAGCAACUCGGAGACUUCAUGUGGCGGCAGGUGUGGGACUCGUCAGGAGACUAUGACAUUCUUUGCCACAACCGACCAUAUGACAUCUACUCCAUCAAGCACUCGUGCGGUCCCCACCCUCAGAUCUGUCUGGGUUACGACUUCAGGAAGGUGCCGGGAGAGUACACGGAGUACACCAUCAAGUCUGUUCCCAUCGAUGACCACAACGUCAAGAAGAAGGCAGAACUGCUGUUGGAGCAGUACGGAAGGACAGGCUCCCUCUACCCUCACAACGUGGUUCUCGUUCCUAUCGGUGACGACUUCCGCUACGACCACGCCUCAGAGUGGGACCAGCAGUAUUCCAGUUACCACAAACUCCUAACACACAUCAACAGCGAUCCACGCUACCACGCCACGGUGCAGUUCGGCACACUAAAGGACUAUUUCGCCGAAGUACAAAACCGCAUGCGUGACUACCCAAGCCUCCAGGGUGACUUCUUUGUGUACAGCGACAUUUUCAGCGAAGGUCGGCCAGCGUACUGGAGCGGCUACUACACAACCCGACCAUACUGGAAGGUUCUCGAUCGCCAGUUAGAAGCAUCGCUGCGUUCGGCUGAAAUCUUGUACAGUUGGUCAUAUGCUUGGGCAGUGCAGGAAGGCCAAGCACGCGUUGUGCAGCUGCUGGAAAAGGACUACGAGAAGUUGGUGCGGGCCAGGCGGGCACUGGCACUAUUCCAGCACCAUGACGCCAUCACUGGCACAUCUAAGGCGUAUGUAAUGCACGACUACGCUGUCAAAUUACAUGAGAGUCUGCACGACACCUUGGCUCUGGCUGGGCAGGCGGCCGAGGCGCUGCUCCUCACCCCCGCUGCCAUGGCAGCCCUGGACCACCGCGCAGCGCCGCUCCACCACCUUCAUCCAGACUUUGAGAGGUCAACUUACGAGCGUCUGCCCCACAAACUGCCCCUGACAAUCCCGCGCAACAGCCCACGUCUCGUGGUCAUGUUCAACUCCCUGGUGCAGCGCCGCUUCGAGGUGGUGAGGGUGCUGGUGUCGUCCCUGGAUGUGCGAGUCACCGAUGAGCACGGUCACCAGGUGCCUAUACAGAUCAACCCUGUGUGGAACGACACGGGCAACGGCAUGGUCAUCCUCAACACUCAGUUUGAGCUUCUCUUUGUGGCGGACUUGCCAGCGCUCAGUGUGGUAACUUACUGCAUCCACCAGAUGGCACACCCCUCCCUCGAGAACAGAGCCUCUGUCUACUCCAACAAUUACGCCCCCGCGCCAGACCCAAGUUACUCACCACCUUUUGAGACACACGACGUUCUUCCCGGAGACAUCCAGCUGGAGAGCGACCAUCUCAAGUUGCUGUUUGAUGGCACCACUGGUAUGCUGCGAUCCAUUACUGACAAACCCAGCGGCCGCGUGACGCAAGCCGCGGUUCGUUACGCUGCCUACCCCUCGGCACAGUUCAAGUCUGGUGCCUAUCUCUUCAAGCCUGACCCUAAUGCCCGUGAACCCGAGGAAGAUGUGCUGGCUGGCGCCAAGCCGCGACUCUUCAUCCACUCGGGUCCCGUGGCCUCAGAGUUGAGCGUUAUGUUCGGCUCCGUCCUCAUGCACACGACACGCAUCCUGCAUGUAGCCCACCGCCCCCUGGCCUCGGCUGUCUACAUGGAGAAUCUGUUCAACCUCGGCGGCAGAUACAACAGCACAGAGACCCCGGGCUUCCCUCCACACUUCCGGGAGACUGAAAUGUUCAUGCGCGUCAUGACAGACAUCGAUAAUGGGGCUGAGCCAACCUUCUACACGGAUCAGAGUGGCUUACACAUGCAAAAGCGCGUCAGGGUUCAGCGCAUCGGCAUUCAGGGCAAUUAUUUCCCCAUCACCUCGGCGGCUAUGAUUGAAGAUGGCGCCGGACCAGGUCGCCGUCUCACCCUCCUCACAGACCACGCCGCGGGGGCCGCCUCCUGGCAGCAGGGGUGGCUGGAAGUGAUGGUGGAGCGCCGCACCUUCUAUGACGACGCGCGGGGCAUGGGGGAGGGCGUCACUGACCAGAAGCGCACUAUGGGCCGUUACUGGUUGUUGCUGGAGGAAACCCGCGCCCCUGAACCCGUGGCACGGCUUUCCCUGGCAGCGCACCACCUCUCCAACAGCCUCAACUACCCCGUCACUCAGCUCAUCAACGAGGGACUUGACGCCGACCAGCUCAAGGCAGCAGCUCACCUCAUCACGCGGCCGCUGCCCUGCCCGCUGCACCUCAUGACCUUCCGCACGCUGGCCGAGCCCCAGUACCCGAGCCUCCUGCCUUCCCGCACGGCCCUCAUGGUGAUCCAGAACCAGGCGCCUUCCUGCUCUACUUCGGCCUCUGUGGCUACUUGCACCGGCUUGGGUGAUUCUCCCUUCCCAGGCACGGAGCUCACAAUCCAGGUGUCCGGGCUCCAGCGUGUCUCCCUGACGGCCACAUCAAGUCGAGGACCACUUAACUCCCUCCCGGACCUGAGUGUGCCCCACCACAACCUACGCGCCGUCACCCUCACCUUCCCGCAGCCCCCGCCUCCGCCGCCUCCACCUGCUUAAUAAAACUGUGCCCCGCCUUGACACAGUCUCUCAUUCCUCACCCCUUACCACUACCACUACCACCAUCACUAGUUUCUGUCUGUCUGUGUCUGUCUGUUGUUCUGUCUGUCAGUCUGUUUGCUCGUUUGUCUCUCUCUCUCUCUCUCUCUCUCUCUCUCUCUCUCUCUCUCUCUCUCUCUCUCUCUCUCUCUCUCUCUCUCUCUCUCUCUCUCUCU